UUUUGGCUGUGUUGCCCUGAGCUCAAAGCGAUCCGCCUGCCUCUGCUGCCAAGGUGCUGGGAUUACAGGCCUGCACCACUGCACCCGGCUGCUGUAAAGUCUUAUUUCACACAGCUGAGACAUGUUUUAGGAAGUUUGCUAAAAGACCCCUGGAGACCGCCUCAUUGUGACCUCCCUGUUAUUGUGUUUAAUUUGAUUGAACUUUUCUGCCCUCCUGCUUUUCAGCUUCUCUAAUAGUCUCCCAUUAAACCAAUUCUAAGAACCACCAAAAAGGGGAAAUUUUUUCUUGAAAGCAGUAAAAUGAUAUGGACUGUUAGAAUGUAAAAUAUAUGAAAUCAGUCAUUAUACGUUAGUGCUGCUCUGACAUAGGGACGUAUUAUUGAGAAGCAACUUUUGUUUGAUUUUCAGAGAAAUGGAAUCGUCGUAUCGCUGAUCUACAUAAACAAACUGAAGAAUUGUCUGAAAGAAAAUAUGACAUGAACUUAUGAAUUCAACAGGUGAAGAUUUGCAACUUGAUAAAUCAGCUUUGUGAGCUCGAGCUGUAAAAGCCAAAGGUCCGGUGAUGAUCCCAUACCCUUUUUUCCAGUCUCAUGUUGAAGAUUUUUAUGUAGAAGGCCUUCCCAAAGGAAUUUUUUUUUUUUUUUUUUUUUGAGAUGGAGUUUUCACUCUUAUCGCCCAGGCUGGGGUGCAAUGGCGCAACCUUGCUGGUCACUGCAACCUCUGCCUCCUGGGUUCAAGAAAUUCUCCUGCCUUAGCCUCCCAAGCCGCUGGGAUUACAGAUGCCCACCACCACACCAGGCUAAUUUUUGUAUUUUUAGUGGAGAUGGGGUUUCACCAUGUUGGCCGGGCCAGUCUCGAACUCCUGACGUCAAGUGAUCUUCCCGCCUCGACUCCUGACAUCAAGUGAUCUUCCCGCCUUGGCCUUCCAGAGUGCUGAGAUUACAGACGUGAACCCAUGCCUGGCCAGGAAUUUUGUUUUUUAGGAAGGCUUUCUACUAAUGGAAUUCCUGGCCUUGAGAGAAUGUUACUUUCGAAGGAAAGGAUUUUUUUGUUAUUAAAAGAAACAGGACCUUGCCCUGUCACUCAGGAUGGAAUUCAGUGGUCCUAUCAUGGCUCAUUAUAGCCUCAAACUCCCAGGCUCAAGCAAUCCUACCAUGUCAGCCUUCCCGUAGCUGGGACUACAGGUCUCACACUGUCACCCAGCCUGGAGUACAGUGGCACAACCUCUGCUCACUGCAGCCUCCACCUGCCAGGCUCAAGCAAUUCUCCUGCCUCAACCUCCCGAGUAGCUGGGAUUACAGGAAGUGAGCUCACAAUGACUCAAGCUGCCACAUACUGUUGAUUGUGAAAUGCCAGUUGAAGCAUAUGUCCUGCGAGCUUAGGGGUGCUACAAGUUGACCACUGCAGCAGUAAAGAUGACUCUGAAGAAUGGCGUGGGAUGGAUCCUUUCAAAUGCACUUGAGCAGCGGUCUCCAACCACAGGGCCACAGAGCUGGAGCUGGAUCUACCAUGAAGGACUUCUGAAUCCAGGAAGAGAGACUGACUGGGCAACAUGUUAUUCAGGGUCUCCCUCUGUUGUCCAAGGCUGGAGGGUAGUAGUGCUAUCGCAGCUGACUGCAGCCUCAACCUUCCAGGCUGAAGCGAUCCUCCCAUCUCAACCUCCCACGUGGCUGAGACUACAGGUGCUUGCCACUAUGCCCAACUAAUAUUUGGAAUUUUCGUAUACGUCGAUUCCAGAGGGGUGACAGCAAAACAUGAGUAAACAUGGAUUUUGGUAUAUGCAGAGAUGGGGGGCUGGAACUAAUUCUGUAUACUGAGGGACGGCAACUGUAUAUGUUUUUACAAUUACGCUGUAGGAUACAUACUGUUGCAUAGCCUUGAAAAUAAUAAUUUUUAAUUGAGUGGAAUAAUAAUAAUAAUAUUGCUAAAAGUAGCAGCUGGUCAGGUGUGGUGGCUCACACUGGUAAUCGCAACACUUUGGGAGGCUGAGGCAGGAGGAUGGCUUGAGGCCAAGAGUUUGCAAUAGGCCUUGGAAACAAAGGGGGAGUCACCAUCCCUACAGAAAAAUACAUGAAUUAGCCUAGUGUGGUGGCAUGUUCCUGUAGUCCCAGCUACUUGGGAGGCUGAGCCCAGGGAGGAUCACUUGAGCCCAGGGAGGCUGAGACUGCAGUGAGUCAUGAUCAGGCCUCUGCACUCCAGCCUGGGUGACAGAGUGAGACCCUGUCUCAAAACAACAAAAAAGUAGCAGCUAACAUCAACUGACCUUUUAUACCAGGUGCCUAUUGAUGCCAUAGUUUAAUUUCUUAGAACUGUUUCUUAUUUCACUUACCAACUCUGUCUUCAGUUACUCCCAGAUUUUUACUGUGUGUGUACAGAUGACCUUUUGUUUAGAUUGAAUUGUCUCCCCAGAAGUAAGAUUACUGUGAGUCAUGGUGAAUGGACAUUCUCAUUACCCUUGAUGUAAAUUGACAGGGUUUUGGGUGCCUCCCAGCUAUAAUCUUAGCACUUUGGGAGGCUAAGAGAGGAGGAUUGCUUGAGGCCAAGAGUUGGAGGAGGCAGUAUGGCAGUAUGGUGAGACCCUGUCUCCAUUAUUUUAAAAAAUUGACAGGCUUUACCCUGGAAGGCUUAUACACAAUUUAAACACCCCUCAUAGUAUAAGAAAGUGCCCAUUUCACUGCACCUUUGCCAGCACAGGGUAUUAUAAUUUAGUAAGUCAUUUUUUGUUUGAUUAUUUUAAAUAGACAAAAGACCUCAUGUUACUUUACUUGUCACAUUUCAACAUCUUUCCUCAGCUUAUUAGCUCUAUUUCUUUUCUGUCUGUAAACGGUUGUUGUUGUUUUGUUCUUUGAGACAGGGUCUUGCUCUGUCACCAGGCUGGACUGUAGUGGCAUAAUCAUGCCUCACUGCAGCCUUGACCUCCCAGGCUCAAACUUCAGCAUUCCGAGUAGCUGGGACUACAAGUGUGCACCACCACUCCCAGCUAACUUUUUUCUUCUUUUGGAUAGAGACAGGGUCUCACUGUGUUGUCCAGACCGGUCCCUAGCUCCUGGCCUUAAGCAAUCCUCCUGCAUUAGCUUCUCAAAUUGCUGGAAUUUCAGGCAUGAGCCACCAUGCCUGGCCUGGGCUAGUCCUGUAUUCUCUAGAGUUCUCUUUACUUUGUGCUAGCCAAUCUCUCAUUAUGCUGUUCACCUGUUAUAAUGAAUAAUUCUCCGUAUUAAAUUUUACCACUUUAAACUUUUGAGUGGUUUAUGCUUCCUGAUUGGACUCUGACUAAUAUGUUAGGAAGGGUCCCAGGAGAUAAACCCACACAGAUGGGAUUUGGGCAUAGGUUUGGUUUCCCAGGGGGCAGUGCUGAGCUCUUUGCCAGUGGGAAGUGGGAUGCUGGUGAUUUCCAGGAAGUGACCUCACAAUGACUCAAGCUACCACUUACUGUUGAUUGUGACGAAAUGCCAGCUGAGGCACAUGCCUUGGGAGCUAAGUGGUUGCUGCCCUUGACCACUAUGAAGACUGGUGUGGGAAGGGUCGCUUUGGAUGCACUUGAGCAGGGGUCCCCAACCUCUGAGCCAUGGAGCCGUAAGGAGCCACACAGCAGGAGUGGGACCAUCCAGUUUCAGGAAAACAAGCUUAACAUGCCCACUGAUUCUACAUUAUGCUCCUACCUCCCGGCAGCCUCGCCAGGCCCAGAAGUCUCUCCAGUCAGCCUCUACAGACCAAGCUCAUGACUCACAAUGGCCUAUUUAGGCCCAUACCCUACCUCACGGCAGUCUCCUCAGAUGAGCCUACUGCCCCACAGCAGCCUCCACAGGCACAGCUCCAUCGUUACAAUGGCCUCUUAAGACCCAGCUCCUGCCUCCCAGCCUUCUCUCCAGGCCCUGAACUUUCUCCGUAAGUUCAGGUAGCUGGGACUGUAGGGUCUCCCUCUGUUGUCCAAGGCUGGAGGGUAGUAGUGCUAUCGCAGCUGACUGCAGCCUCAACCUUCCAGGCUGAAGCGAUCCUCCCAUCUCAACCUCCCACGUGGCUGAGACUACAGGUGCUUGCCACUAUGCCCAACUAAUAUUUGGAAUUUUCGUAUACGUCGAUUCCAGAGGGGUGACAGCAAAACAUGAGUGGGACCAUCCAGUUUCAGGAAAACAAGCUUAACAUGCCCACUGAUUCUACAUUAUGCUCCUACCUCCCGGCAGCCUCGCCAGGCCCAGAAGUCUCUCCAGUCAGCCUCUACAGACCAAGCUCAUGACUCACAAUGGCCUAUUUAGGCCCAUACCCUACCUCACGGCAGUCUCCUCAGAUGAGCCUACUGCCCCACAGCAGCCUCCACAGGCACAGCUCCAUCGUUACAAUGGCCUCUUAAGACCCAGCUCCUGCCUCCCAGCCUUCUCUCCAGGCCCUGAACUUUCUCCGGUCUCCCUGUGUUGUCCAAGGCUGGAGGGUAGUAGUGCUAUCGCAGCUGACUGCAGCCUCAACCUUCCAGGCUGAAGCGAUCCUCCCAUCUCAACCUCCCACGUGGCUGAGACUACAGGUGCUUGCCACUAUGCCCAACUAAUAUUUGGAAUUUUCGUAUACAUCGAUUCCAGAGGGGUGACAGCAAAACAUGAGUGGGACCAUCCAGUUUCAGGAAAACGAGCUUAACACGCCCACUGAUUCUACAUUAUGCUCCUACAUCCCGCAGCCUCUCCAGGCCCAGAACUUUCUCCAGUCAGCCUCUACAGACCAAGCUCAUGACUCACAAUGGCCUAUUUAGGCCCAUACCCUACCUCAUGGCAGUCUCCACAGAUGAGCCUACUGCCUCUCAACAGCCUCCACAGGCACAGCUCCAUCGUUACAAUGGCCUCUUUAGACCCAGCUCCUACCUCCCAGCCUUCUCUCCAGGCCCUGAGCUUUCUCAAGUCGACCUCACCAGGCCCAGCUCCUGCUUCUUUGCAGCCUCUCCAGGCCCAGCUCCUGCAUCUUGGCCCCUCCAGGCCCAGCCUCUGCCUCCCGUCGGCCUCUACAGUCCCAACAUCUGCCUCACAGCAGAUUCUUCAGGCCCAGCAUCUGCCUCACUGUGGACCCCCUAAGCCAAGCUCCCAACCUUUCAGCUGCUUCUACACACCCAGCUCCCGCCUGCCAGUGCCCUCUUCAGGCCCAUGGGGCUCAUUCCUCACAACAGCCUUUCCAGGCCCAGUUUUUCCCUUCCGGCGGCCUCUCCGGGCCGAGAACCUCCUCAAGUCGGCCUCUCCAGACCCACUUGCACCCUCCGGGCGUCCUCUCCGGGCCAAGCUCCUCUUCCUGGCUGCGUCUCCAGGCCCGACUCCUGCCUCUCAACAACCUCUUUGGACUCAGUGCCUACCCAUCUCCUGGCAUCCUUGGUCGGCCCACAGGUUCCUCAAGCCAAGCUCCCCAGGCCCAGGUCCGGCCUCACGGUGGCCUCUCCAGGAUGAGGUCCUGCCCUCCAAUGGCACCUGCAGGCCCCAAAUGGUCUCCGGUCGGUGGGCUCCUCCACGCCAAGCUUGGGCCUCCCGGCGACCUCUGCAGGCCCAAGUUGUCCUGAAGUCGGCAUCUCCCGGCCGUGCCUCCCAGCAAGUAAGCAAGCUCUUUUGGCUCAACUCCUGCCCAGCUCCCAACCGCCUUUGUAGGUCCCGAACUUUCUCCAGCCAAGUUCUUUGGGCCUAAUUCCUGCCACCCGGUGGCCUGUACGGGCCCAGCAAUGGUUGGAGAACGGCCUCUGCAGGUCCCGCUCUUGCCUCCCAGGGGCCUCUCCAGGCCCAGUUCUUGCCCCCACGGCGGCCUCCCGGGGCCAAGUCCCUGCCUGCCUCCCAGCAGCCCGCGUGCGGCCCAGCUCCUCCCUGACGAUGGCCUGUUGAUGCCCAUGCCUCUGGUACCCUGCCCAGAGGCAUGAGCCCCUGCCACACACUGGCUCCUCCCACGCUGAGAGAGGUCAGCGUGAGCCCUUGCCUCACACUGGCCCCUCCCACGCUGAGAGAGGUCAGCGUGAGCCCCUUGCCUCACACCGGCCCCUCCCACGCUGAGAGAGGUCAGCGUGAGCCCUUGCCUCACACCGGCCCCUCCCACGCUGAGAGAGGUCAACGUGAGCCCCUUGCCUCACACCGGCCCCUCCCACGCUGAGAGAGGUCAGCGUGAGCCCUUGCCUCACACCGGCCUCUCCCACGCUGAGAGAGGUCAGCGUGAGCCCCUUGCCUCACACCGGCCCCUCCCACGCUGAGAGAGGUCAGCGUGAGCCCUUGCCUCACACCGGCCCCUCCCACGCUGAGAGAGGUCAGCGUGAGCCCCUUGCCUCACACCGGCCCCUCCCACGUUGAGAGAGGUCGGCGUGAGCCCCUUGCCUCACACCGGCCCCUCCCACUCUGAGAGAGGUCGGCGUGAGCCGUCUCACACCCGCCCCUCCCACGCUGAGAGAGGUCGGUGUGAGCCCCUUGCCUCACACCGGCCCCUCCCACGCUGAGAGAGGUCGGCGUGAGCCCCUUGCCUCACACCGGCCCCUCCCACGCUGAGAGAGGUCAACGUGAGCCCCUAGCCUCACACCGGCCCCUCCCUCGCUGACAGAGGUCAGCGUGAGCCCCUUGCCUCACACCAGCCCCUCCCACACUGACAGAGGUCCAUGGGAGCCCCUUGCCUCACCCUGGCCCCUCCCACGUUGAGAGAGGUCAGUGUGAGCCCUUGCCUCACACCGGCCCCUCCCACACUGACAGAGGUCCAUGGGAGCCCCUUGCCUCACACCGGCCCCUCCCACGUUGAGAGAGGUCAGCGUGAGCCCUUGCCUCACACCGGCCCCUCCCACACUGACAGAGGUCCAUGGGAGCCCCUUGCCUCACACUGGCCCCUCCCACGCUGAGAGAGUUCAGCGUGAGCCCUUGCCUCACACCGGCCCCUCCCACGCUGAGAGAGUUCAGCGUGAGCCCCUUGCCUCACAGCAGCCCCUCCCACACUGACAGAGGUCCAUGGGAGCCCCUUGCCUCACACUGGCCCCUCCCACGCUGAGAGAGGUCGGCGUGAGCCCUUGUCUCACACCGGCUCCUCCCACGCUGAGAGAGGUCAGCGUGAGCCCUUGCCUCACACCGGCCCCUCCCACGCUGAGAGAGUUCAGCGUGAGCCCCUUGCCUCACAGCAGCCCCUCCCACACUGACAGAGGUCCAUGGGAGCCCCUUGCCUCACACUGGCCCCUCCCACGCUGAGAGAGGUCGGCGUGAGCCCUUGUCUCACACCGGCUCCUCCCACGCUGAGAGAGGUCAGCGUGAGCCCUUGCCUCACACCGGCCCCUCCCACGCUGAGAGAGGUCAGUGUGAGCCCUUGCCUCACACCGGCCCCUCCCACGCUGAGAGAGGUCAGCGUGACCCCCUGCCUCAACAGGCCACCGUGAGGGAGGAGCAGGGUCGCACGCGGGCUGCUGGGAGGCAGGCAGGGACUUGGGCCUGGGAGGUCGCGGUGGGGCGAGAGCUGGGCCUGGAGACACCCCUGGGAGGCAACAGCGGGGCCUGCAGACGCUCGCCUCCAGCCGGAGCUGGGACUGUUCAGGUACUGGGAGGCGGGAUGUGGGUCUGAAGAGCUUGGUUGCAGAAACUUCGGGGUCUACAAACGCAGGCGGGAGCUGAGCCAAAAAAGCUUGUUUGCUGGGAGGCGGGAGAUGCAGCCAGGAGAAACAGCUGUGCCUGCAGAGGCCGCCAUGCGGGAGGCGGAGGCCGGGCCUCCUCAAAUCGGCCUCUCCAGACCCACUUGCAGCCUCCCGGCAUCCUCUCCGGGCCCAGCUCUUCCUCCCGGCUGCGUCUCCAGGCCUGACUCUGGCCUCGCAACAACGUCUUUGGACUCAGCUCCUGCCCAGCUCCCAGCAGGCCCAAGUCGUCGUCAAGUCGGCCUGGAAUUGGGCCUGGAAGAGCAGCAAGUUGGCCUCCCCGGGCCCAGCUCCGUCCUCUCGGCGGCCUCUCCAGGUGCAAAACUUCCUCGAGUCAGCGUCUCCAGGCCCAGCUACUCCUGCCUCCCAGUGGCCUCUUUCAGCCCAGACCAGCUCAUGGCUCUUGGCGGCCUUCCCAGGCCCCGCUUUUGACUUUUGGUGGCCUCUUCAGGCCCAGAACUUGACCUCCCGUGGGCCUUUGCAGGCCCAGCCUCCUGCCUCUCGAAGGCCUGCAUGGGCCUGGACUCACAGCGGACUCACAGCGGACUCUCCAUGCCCAGCUAGCUCUUGCCUCAUUGCGGCCUCCCGAGUCCAAAGCUCCUGCCUCUCGGCCGCUUCGGCAGACCCAGCUCCCGCCUGCCAGUGGCCUCUUUAGGCCCAGCUCAUUCCUCACAAUGGCCUUCCCAGGCCCCGUUUUUCCCUUCCGGCAGCCUCUUGGCCUCUAAUUUGUUUAUCUUUUGUGUAUAAAUCCCAAAAUAUUGAAUUUUGGAAUAUUUCCACCAUUACGUAAA